AAAUUGUUUUAAAUUUAUUUAUUUUUUUAGAGGAAUUUUUCUAUCCCACGCAUUAUAAAACGUGCUACAUAUUCACUUUCUUAGCCAUUUCCCCUACCACACCACACCUGACCCAGGAAUUGUGUCAUAGAUGAAUAAAACCACCUCGAGUUAGCGUCGAGGCGUGUCUUGUUAAAUCCGACGAAAACUUUGCGGAAAAUUUUUACUUUUUUUUAUUACCAUGUGUGUGUGUUUUAUCUGACGAAAAGAAAUCUUUUACAAUUUAGUUUCACCGAUAAGAUAAGGUUUUUUAAUCAACGAAAACAUGGAGGAUAAGGAAAAAAAUCGAUCAUUGGCCGGAAAUGUAGCGAUUGGUUUUUUCGUCUUGGGAAUGGUUUGUGUAUGUGUAGCUUUUGGGACACCUAAUUGGCUUGUAUCAGAUCCUAGAAUAUCAGGGGCUCGUUUGGAUAGAUUUGGUUUAUGGACACAUUGUUUCCGUUCAUUAGGAGACCCAUAUGAUGUUUAUCAAAGAAGAUUUUUCGUUGGUUGUAGAUGGAUAUAUGAUCCUUUUACAACCGGUUAUGAUAACUUAAGAGGCUACCUAAUACCCGGAUUUAUGGUUGCAACUCAAUUAUUCUUCACAUUAUGUUUUAUAAGUGUUUUAAUAUCAACUAUAUUGAUUUUGAUCUAUUUUUUGUGUUGUGGACCAGAACAGAGAAGAUUUAUUCAUCUUGUUCGAAUCAUAUCUUGGUUACUAUUUGGAGGAGGACUUUGUGGAGGAAUAGCAGUUAUAGUUUUUGUCACAACAGCUAAUAGACCUGGUUGGAUGCCCGGUCAUGACAACAACUUCUUUGGCUGGUCGUUUGUGUUAGCAGCAGUUGGAGUUGUUGCAAUUUUAGUGUCUUCCAUUCUGUUUUUCAUCGAUUUGCAUAUCAGCGAAAGGAAGAAACGCGCAUUAAAAGAAUCUCAGGCAAAAUUCGAAAUGCAGGCCGAAACUAAAGCUUAAUUAUUAAUUCCGUCCUUAUAUCAAGCAACAAAUCCGUCCAGUACUGAGGUUUUAUUUUUAUUUUUUUAUUAUUAUUAGGUUAAAAUGAUUAAAAAGUAUUGUAUGUAUGUAAAUAUUGUUGAAAUAUGUGUUAACAUUUUUAAGCACAUAGUUUAUUAAGCAAACAAUUCCUUUUAUAAUUCAAUUUUUAAACGUAAAUGAGAGCCUUAUCAAUGCCUUAUAUAAUAUAUAAAUAGAAUCUCUACAUUUCA